CCAAUUCGUUUGCACCAUAUACAGCUUUGUUCCUUUCCGAUUUGUAUUCAUCUCCAAUACGAUCUUAUCGUCAACGUACUGUAUAGAAAGAGAGUAAAAAUAGCAUUUUCUUUUCUAUUCUUGUUCGUAGCUAGUCAUGGCGUUUUCUUCAUACUUGAACUAAUCCAACUUUCCAGAAAUUUCUUCACAUUUCACGCCUUCAGAAAUGGACAUCUCUGUCGAGAUUCUCGACGUGGUUUUCUUCAUGGCUCUGCUAACGUGGGUUUUGGUCGACAUUGCGAGAGACAAGAGAAACAACAAUAUCAGAUCACAAACUUAUUAUAACGUUAGAAAUCACAGAUGUUUCUCUCUCUUCACGGUCAUUUCCAAUGCGGUAAUCUCAGUUUCAUAUCUGGGUUUUGCUUUUAUCGAGUAUUGGAAUCGAGGGGUUCUCAUUUGGAGAGCCUUGUUUUCGUCCACAACAUGGGUUUUAGCCACACUUGUUUCUUUUCACACAAAGAACAAAACUUGUUGCUCUCCUCUUGUUUUAAUCCUUUGGUGGGUUUUCUCAACGAUUCUCGGCUUGUUUUCUCUCUCUAUUUUCAUCAUUGCACACUUCAAACCCAGCCAUGUUAUACCGGACAUUCUCCCACGUGCAAACGUCAUUGAUUUGGCGUCGUUUCCUUUGUCUCUACUUCUCUGUCUCAACGCUCUUAGCCAUGUCAAGAACCAUAAUGAUGAUCAUAACAAUAUUAGUGAUUUUAAUGACCCAUUGCUUGAGAAAGAAGAAGAAGAAGAAGAAAAUGAUGGAAAUGGAGAUUUCAGUAAAGCUGGAAUUUGGAGUCAAGCAACAUUCCAAUGGCUGAAUCCGCUUUUCAAAAUAGGUAGAUCCCAAAAGCUCGAGUUGCCUCAUAUUCCUUGUGUUCCUCCCUCAGAAAGAUCAAAAAAUGCUUCCACGUUGUUGGAAGAUUCUCUUCGGAAGCAGAAAUUUGAAGAGCGUUCUUUAGCCAAAGCCAUUCUGCGUGCUGUAUGGAAGUCCCUGGCUAUAAAUGCUGUUUUUGCAGGACUAAACACUGCUGCAUCUUACACGGGUCCUUUACUAAUCACAAACUUUGUGAACUACUUGUUGGAAAAGCGCGAUAAUUCGAGCAUUCGGGAUGGACUAGUUCUGGCUUUUAUCUUCUUCUUUGCAAAGACAUGCGAGUCAUUGACUCAAAGACUCUGGUAUUUUGGUGCUCAUCGUAUCGGUGUUAGAGUAAGAGCUGCUCUUACUGUACAUAUUUAUAACAAGUCCAUAUCACUUAAGUACUCUGGCCCAAGCAAUGGCAAAAUCAUAAACUUAAUCAAUGUUGAUGUGGAGAGAAUUGGAGAUUGCUGCUGGUACAUCCAUGGAGUUUGGUUGCUCCCGUUCCAAGUGUUUUUAGCUCUAAUAAUCCUUUACAGGAACUUAGGCGCCGCGCCUUCUGCAGCCGCGCUUUUAGCCACGGUCAUGGUCAUGAUUUGCAACACCCCUUUGGCCAAUAUGCAAGAGAGUCUUCACUCAAAGAUAAUGGAGGCGAAGGACUCGAGAAUCAAGGUGACUUCAGAGACUCUAAAGAGCAUGAGGGUCUUGAAGCUCCACUCAUGGGAACCGACUUUCUUGAAGCGAAUCUUCGAGCUUAGGGAGACCGAGAGGAGUUGGCUUAAGAGGUACCUCUACACUUGCUCAGCUGUGGCUUUUCUAUUUUGGGCUUCACCAACUCUUGUUUCAGUUGUUACUUUUGGUGUUUGUAUUGUGUUGAACACUCCAUUAACGACUGGCACAGUCCUCUCAGCUUUGGCCACGUUUAGAAUUCUGCAAGAGCCCAUUUAUAAUCUUCCUGAGCUCAUUUCCAUGAUUGCUCAAACCAAGGUUUCGUUGCACCGAGUCCAUGAGUUUAUCAAAGAAGAGAGGAAGAAACUUGUGCCUGAUCAUGUUUCAAAGGCAUCAGAUGUUGCAAUAGAAGUUGAGAAAGCUGAACAUACUUGGGAGACAAGUGACGAGAAUUUGAAGAGACCAACCAUUAAAAUCACAGAGAAGUUGAAGAUAAUGAAAGGGUUCAAGGUUGCAGUUUGCGGCUCCGUUGGGUCGGGGAAGUCGAGCCUGCUGUGUGGCAUGAUUGAUGAGAUUCCUAGGAUUUCUGGGAUGGAAAUGAAAAUUGAUGGCUCAAAAGCUUAUGUUCCACAGAGUGCUUGGAUUCAAACUGGCACCAUAAGGGAGAAUGUGUUGUUUGGCAAGAAGAUGGAUAAGGACUAUUAUGAGCGGGUUUUGGAAGCUUGUGCUCUUGACAAGGACAUCAAAAUGUGGGGAGGAGGAGAUCUGACUGUGGUGGGAGAGAGAGGGAUGAACUUGAGUGGAGGACAAAAGCAGAGAAUUCAAUUAGCAAGAGCUGCCUAUAGUGAUUCUGAUGUUUACUUCUUGGAUGAUCCUUUCAGUGCGGUUGAUGCACAUACUGGAAGCCACUUGUUCAAGAAAUGUCUCUUGCAACUGUUGUCACAGAAGACUGUAGUUUAUGCUACCCAUCAGUUGGAAUUUUUAGAAGCAGCAGAUCUUGUCUUGGUAAUGAAAGAUGGUCGGAUUGCUCAGUCAGGAAGAUACCAAGAUCUUACGGCAGACCUUAGUGGUGAACUUAUCAGUCAAAUGGCCGCCCACAGAAAGUCACUAACCCAUUGCAACACAAGCCAAGAAGACGAUUCCUUCGCCAGUGUUCCAUGUAGAAAGAACCAAAUAGAAGAAGUGGAUGACUGUUUUAUAGAGCCCUUAGCAAAUAGCAAGCUUAUGGAGAAAUCCCAAGAAGAAGAAGCAGAAACCGGUCGAGUGAAAUGGAGUGUUUACUCAACCUUUGUCACUUCUGCUUAUGGAGGAGCUCUUGUUCCUGUUAUCCUUCUUUGUCAAGUCCUCUUUCAGGGACUACAAAUGGGCAGCAAUUACUGGAUUGCUUGGGCUACAGAAAAGGAAGGCAGAGUCACAAACCGGCAGUUGAUAGGGAUUUUUAUAUUAUUAUCAGGUGGGAGCUCAAUUUUCAUAUUGGGUAGAGCAGUUUUGCUAGCAACCAUAGCAAUCGAGACGGCUCAGCGUCUGUUCCAUGGAAUGAUCACAUCGAUUUUCCGCGCCCCCAUUUCGUUUUUUGAUUCCACGCCUUCAAGUCAAAUUCUCAACAGGUCUUCUACAGAUCAAGGCACACUAGAUACAGAUAUACCGUACAGAUUAGCUGGAUUGGCCUUUGCACUUAUCCAGCUAUUGAGCAUAAUCAUCCUCAUGUCCCAGGUUGCCUGGCAAAUCUUCCUUCUUUUCCUGGUUGUGCUUGGAAUCUCCAUAUGGUAUCAGGCAUAUUACAUCACCACUGCCAGGGAACUAGCCAGGAUGGUUGGAAUUCGAAAGUCUCCAGUCUUACAUCACUUUUCAGAGUCGAUUGCAGGAGCAGCAACUAUACGUUGUUUUAAACAGGAAGACCGCUUCUUGAUGAAGGCUUUGAGCCUCAUAGAUGACUAUUCUCGUGUGGCAUUUCACAAUUCUGCCACCAUGGAAUGGCUCUCUGUUCGGAUAAAUUUUCUCUUCAACCUUGUUUUCUUCCUUGUGCUCAUCAUUCUUGUCACCUUGCCUAAGUCAGCCAUUGACCCAAGUUUGGCAGGAUUAGCAGCAACCUAUGGUUUGAACCUGAAUGUUUUACAGGCAUGGGUGAUAUGGAACUUAUGCAAUGUUGAAAACAAGAUGAUAUCAGUGGAGAGAAUUCUUCAGUUCACUAACGUACCAAGUGAGGCACCACUAGUUAUCGAAGAUUCUAGGCCUAAGCCUGAGUGGCCAACGGAUGGAAGAAUUGAACUUGACAGCCUUCAUGUCCGGUACAAUCCUUCUUUGCCAAUGGUUCUGAAUGGAAUUACAUGUACCUUCCCUGCAAGUAAGAAGAUCGGAAUUGUGGGCCGGACGGGAAGUGGAAAAUCCACUUUGAUCCAAGCUCUAUUCAGAGUUGUGGAGCCCUCAGGAGGAAGGAUUCUGAUUGAUGGAGUUGAUAUUAGUAAAAUGGGGCUGCAGGAUUUGAGGUCAAGACUAGGCAUCAUUCCACAAGACCCAACUUUGUUUCAAGGAACCAUGAGGACUAAUUUGGACCCUUUGCAAGAGCACUCAGAUCAAGAAAUCUGGGAGGUUUUAAACAAGUGUCGGCUGGCAGAUAUAGUGCGGCAGGAUCAAAGGCUUCUUGAUGCACCUGUUGCUGAAAAUGGGGAAAACUGGAGUGUGGGGCAAAGGCAGCUUGUUUGCCUGGCCAGGGUGCUCCUGAAGAGGAGAAGAAUUCUUGUAUUGGAUGAGGCAACGGCUUCUAUUGACACUGCAACAGAUAAUGUGAUUCAGGAGACGAUAAGGGAAGAAACUAGUGGAUGCACAGUCAUCACUGUGGCCCAUAGAAUUCCCACUGUCAUUGACAAUGACUUGGUCCUGGUCUUGGAUGACGGCAAGGUUGUAGAGUAUGACUCCCCGCCUCGGUUGCUCAAGGAUAAUUCUUCGUCAUUCUCGAAGUUGGUCGCAGAGUUCUUGCGGAGAUCAUCCAAGAAACUGCCAUGAUGAUUUAUCUUGAGUCUAUCAAUAGAGACCAGGCAUGAAACUGACUUGCAAUUUUGUACAUGGCACUAGUACUACUGACAAUUGACAAAAAGAGCUCUCCAACACCAUGACAUCAUACAUUUUAACUUACAACUCCUGUUUGAAACUUUAGAUUAGGAAUGACUGCACCAAGAUAUACAAUUAGCUGUUACAGCUUAAUUAGUUUUGUCAGUAAUGAGAAUAAUAUUUGGAAUCAUAAUAGCAAUCAACUUUUCCAAUGAGUUUUACCAAUAA